AUGGAGAAAAACGACGGAGACGGCGAGAGUAGUCCGGUGGUACUGAUAACGGGAUGUUCGCAGGGAGGAAUCGGCCACGCGCUUGCUCGUGAGUUCUCUGAUAAAGGCUGUCGAGUGGUGGCGACGAGCCGAUCACGGAGUACGAUGACGGAUCUGGAACAGGAUCCGAGGUUUUCCGUGAAAGAGCUCGAUGUACAAUCGGAUCAGAACGUGAACAAAGUUUUGUUGGAGGUUAUUGAGAAAUUCGGAAGGAUCGACGUUCUUGUUAACAACGCCGGUGUUCAAUGCGUCGGACCUCUUGCCGAGAUCCCGAUUUCCGCCAUGGAAAACACCUUCAACACCAAUGUAUUCGGUUCCAUGAGAAUGACUCAAGCUGUUGUACCUCACAUGGUGUCUAAGAAAAAGGGAAAGAUUGUGAAUGUUGGAAGUGUCACUGUUAUGGCACCUGGUCCAUGGGCCGGGGUCUAUUCUGCUACCAAAGCUGCUAUUCAUGCUCUUACCGAUACCCUCAGGUUGGAGCUCGGGCCAUUUGGCAUUGAUGUCAUCAAUGUUGUCCCGGGAGGAAUAAGAACAAACAUAGCAAACUCAGCUGUAUCAACAUUCAACAAAAUGCCUGAGCUGAAACUAUACAAGCCUUACGAAGAAGCUAUCAGAGAGAGGGCGUUUUUCUCACAGAGGAUGAAGCCAACUCCCGCAGAAACAUUCGCCAAAGACACUGUAGCUGUAGUGCUCAAGAAGAACCCACCCGCUUGGUUCUCUUCGGGCAGGUACUCAACCCUCAUGGCAAUCAUGUACCAUAUGCCUCUUUGGUUCAAAGAUUUUCUCCAGAAGAAGGCUUUAAUGAAAAAGGGCUAA